AUGUCGUCGGCACUCGACGCGAUUCGCGAAUUGCUUGAGCCAUACGUCGAGCCGGCUAAUAUGUCUGAAGAAGAGCGCAGAAGAGCCCGAUGUGAGCGUCAUGAUCGAUUGGCGGCGGCAACGUUGAUGGCCUUGAGAAAUGAACUCGAAGAAGUUCGUCAGAGCGUCGAGCGUUUGAACGCGGAAUUGGAGAGAGAGACUCGCAAUCGUCGCAAUGGAUAA